AUGAGCCCUCAGCCCAGCCGCUCCAACACUCGCUCGUCCGACAAGACUGUCACCAGCCGUCCCACCCACGUCUCCCGUGUCUCCUCCGGUUCGAGGCGACACCCUGGCCACGAUUCCACGAGCACACUCGUUGGCUCUGCUUACGAGCGAAAAGUCAAUGAGCUGGAUACCGUCCCCGAGAAAGUCAACAGCUCCGAGCGCUUAGCUCAACUGCGGGCUCUCAUGGAGAAGGAGAACCUCCAGUACUAUGUCGUACCCUCAGAAGAUGCGCACAACUCGGAGUACGUCGCUCCCACCGACAAGCGCAGGGAGUGGAUUUCGGGGUUCACGGGCUCGGCUGGUCAGGCCAUCAUCUCACGGAACAAUGCAUAUCUGGUAACAGACUCGCGUUACUGGUUGCAGGCUCGUGAUCAAGUAGACUCGAACUGGACGAUCAUCGAGGCGGGCAAGCCCGGCCAACCCAAGGAUUGGAUUGACUUCCUUUCGUCCCGUGUCAAGGACGCUAAGAUCGGGAUUGAUGCGCGCAUGAUCUCGCAUGAGAAGGCCACGCUGCUGAACUCGAAGAUACAUCCCCUCGGGUCCAAGCUUGCCUACCCUCCCCAGAACCUCGUGGACCUGAUCUGGCGCGAAAAGCCGCAACGGUCCAAAGCGUCCAUCUUCCUCCACGGCCUCGAGUUUGCCGGCGAAAGCGCGAACUCGAAGAUUGCGAAGGUCCGCGAGUGGAUCCGGAAACAGCCGCCCGACGUCCCGUCGUACUCCCGCUCGGCCCCUCGCGCGUCGCAGCAGCACGUCGGCACGCUCAUUACCUCCCUCCCCGCCAUCGCCUACCUGCUCAACCUUCGCGGCUCGGAUAUCCCGUUCAACCCGGUGUUCCAGGCGUACCUCUACAUCGCGCUCAAUCCCUCCUCGAAGCACCCGCACACGCUCUUUGUGGACCCGGUCAAGAUCAAGCCGGAGAUCGAUGAGUACCUGAACUCGAUUGACGUUGUGCGGAGGGACUAUACGGAGCUUUGGGCAUGGCUGCGGUUACGCCAGUGGGGCGAUGGGAAGGUCAUCAUCUCGCCGGAGACGUCGUACGCGGUGUCGCUCAUGCUGACGCAUAUGCGGUACACCAUCGCACCGUCGCAUGUCGAGGUCUUGAUGUCGGUCAAGAAUGAGACGGAGCUGGCUGGCAUGCGUCGCGCGUACAUCCGCGACGGUAUCGCUUUCACCCGGUUCCUUGCGUGGCUGGAGAACAAGAUGGCGCAGGGCUAUGAGGUCACGGAAUGGGAGGCAGGUCACCGCCUUACUGAGUUUCGCCGUCAGCACAAGCCAGAGUGGAUGGGAUUGGCAUACGAGAACAUAUCGGCGACCGGCCCCAACGCUGCGCUGCCGCACUACUCGCCCAAGAAAGGCAAUGCUCUGGUCAUCUCGCGCGAGACGCCGUAUCUCAAUGACUCUGGAGGCCAGUAUCGCGACGGCACCUGUGACACGACUCGCACUAUGCACUUUGGUAGGCCCACACCAGAGAUGUGCGAGGCGUAUACGAAGGUGCUGCAGGGUCAUAUCGCCAUCGAUACCGCGAUAUUUCCGGAAGGAACGUCCGGGCAGCAGCUUGACGUUCUGGCACGGCGAGCCUUGUGGAAGGAUGGGUGGAACUACAUGCAUGGCACUGGGCAUGGGUUCGGUCAGUUCUUGACCGUCCACGAGGGUCCGCAUGGUUUCUCGAGCUCGAUACCGCUGGUUCCUGGGCAUGUCAUCACGAACGAGCCUGGCUUUUACAACGCUGGCCAAUGGGGCAUGCGCAUUGAGUCCGCGCUCAUCGUGACGCGCGUCAACACUCGACGCGAGUUUAACGGGCACAUCUGGCUCGGUUUCGAGCGCCUGACCUGCGUGCCGAUCCAGACGCGCAUGGUGAAGGAGGCCAUGCUGACAAAGGAGGAGAAGGCCUGGCUCAAGGACCACAACCAGCGCUGCUACGAGAUCCUCGCGCCGUACUUGAAGGACGACAAGACGACCCUCAAGUGGCUCAGGCGAGAGGCAGAGCGCGGUAUCGGUCUUGCCAACCCCGCAGCCGGCCUUACCAUCGACUGGGAUUAG